GCCAACGCGGUCACGCUCGGCGUCGCCUCCUCCAUCGCGCCCUCUUUCGCCCGAUGCCGUGUGCAAGCUGCCAACGCGGCCUUGCUCGGCGCAGCUUCCCCCCACCCCUGUCGCCUGCUCAGCCCCGAGCGCAAGCCGCCAAUGCGGUCGCGCUCGGCGCAGCUUCCUCCCCCCGCGCUCACCUGUCGCCCAGUCCCGAUCGCGAGCCGCCAACGCGGUCGCGCUCGGCGCAGCUUCCUUCGCCUCCUGUUCGCCCAGCCCGGAGCGCGGCCUCCGUGGUUUCGCUCAGCGGAUCCGCUGUGCCAAAGCGCCCACCUCCAGGGUGCCAAUGCGUUUGACAUCUGCUGCGCCAACGCGCUCGCUUCUGCCCGAGCCCGCGUGUUUGUCCCGGAGUGCGCCAAUGCGCUCGCGCCUCCCUGCGCCUGCUCGCCUGCCCCUGGAUUUGCCAUCGCGCCCCCCUUGGAUCCGCAGCACUCGAUGACCAACACAUCCGCCUUCAACUGCGUCAACGCAGCCAGCUCCGCUGCGCCAAUGCGCCCGAUGUUCGCUGCGCCAACGUGCUUGCUCCGGACUGCGCCAAUGCGCCUGCCACCAGCUUACCAGGGCUACCAUUUCUGGCUGCGUCAACACACCGCACUCGAUGGCCAGUGCAACUUCGGUACUGGCGCGUACACUCGAAGAUCCUUGCGCAAGCUUGCACGUUUCAUGAUCCAGGCACGGUGCAUUCGCCAUCUCCCACCCGGCGCACCCGUGCUUACCACCUUGCCUUAUGUGCUGGAUUCUGGGGCGCCGCCGUGCUCCUUCCUGCCUCGCCGGCGCCGCCAUGCUUGA